AUGGAAUCCCAAGAGAUCUAUAACCAAGUCAACAGGCGAUAUGGCUCAAUCGCCAAGAGCAGCAGCGGCCACUAUGAGCAGACCGUAGCCAAGGCCUUCGGAUACACGGAACAAGAGCUGGCUGGCAUCCCCGAGGGAGCGAACCUUGGUCUGAGCUGCGGCAACCCCACAGCAAUUGCGAGACUGAGAGAGGGCGAAACAGUCAUCGAUCUUGGGUCUGGCGCUGGCCUCGAUGUGUUUACGGCAGCGAAGAGAGUUGGCCUUACAGGCAGGGCUAUUGGAGUUGACAUGAACAAGAGUAUGAUUGACAAGGCGAAUGCCAACAAAUCUCGCGUCGACGUCUCAAACGUCGAGUUCAUCGAGAGUCACAUCACAUCCACCCCAGCACCUGACAACACUGUCGACUGCAUCAUCAGCAACUGCGUUAUCAACCUUGUCCCCGCUGAAGAUAAGCAGCUGGCGUUUAAUGAAAUGUUCCGACUACUCAAGCCAGGCGGCCGAGUUGCUAUCAGUGAUAUCCUCGCACGCAAGGAGUUGACAGAUGAAAUGAAGAAGGACAUGGCCCUAUACGUCGGGUGCAUUUCAGGGGCCAGUCAGGUUAGUGAGUACGACGCAUUUCUGAGGAAUGCAGGUUUCGAAGACAUUCUCAUCGUGGACGCCAACUGUGACUUGAACGUGUACUGGAGCGCAGCCGACGGCGAGUCACCGUGUUGUGGGGCAGACGCUUCCAGGGGCCAAGACGAGACACCGUCUUGCUGCAGUCAAGAGGUGAAACACGAUUCCUAUACUGAGCAGGAGCCAUGCCACCAGAACCAGACGGGUUCAAUGGCCGACGAAGCCAGCAGACUGGCCAACCAGCUCGGUAUCACCGACUUUAACGAAUGGACAGGCUCCUUCCAAGUGUAUGCAGUUAAGCCGGUGACGAGCUGA